AUUUGCGAAACCUGACUUGUAGAUAGUUAAGCAGCUUAGAUUAUUUGUUGAUCAAUACCGCCGCCAGUCGAACAAUUUAUUGUAGCACCAGGAGUUUGUUGCAAUUGGUGCGUGAUAGAUAUUCAAACAGAUAUUAUAUUCAUAGUAUUAUUUAUUUAAUUUUUUAAAUUAUUAUCAUUAUGGCUAGCGUCGUAACGAAAUUUUCCGAGUUUUCAAAUAGUGUCGUUUCACCUUCAACGUCAGUUGAUGCUCCUUCUGGAAUUAGAGUACAGGGAAGGAGAAUUAUAAGUUUGGAUGAAGUUUCAUGGCAUGACAAAUCUGAAGAUUGUUGGGUUAUUAUUUAUGACAGAGUUUACAACGUUACCGAUUUUCUUGACGAGCAUCCAGGAGGCAGUGAAGUUCUUUUAGAAUACGGCGGGAGAGAAGCUAGUGGAGUUUUCAGAGAUUCUGGACAUAGCGACGAAGCUCUAAAGAGCCUUGAAAAAUAUUGUAUAGGGGAAUUGCCGGUACACGAAAGAAUUUUCAGGAAGCCUGGUAGGCUACAACUGAGAAAUGUGCAAUAAUAAAAAUAUAAACAAUGAUAUUAGUAUGUAAGAGUGUCUACGAUAGUUUUAUAGAUUUUACAUAAAAAAUAUUCCAUAAACACAAUAAAAAGGACUGUUUUGGCAUGGUUUUAGUUGUUUCUGCAUCAAUAUUUUCAAAAUAUACGAUCUAUGUCACUAGUAUUAAUAACCGCUUAGUGAGAUAUGAUUCUCUGAAAUACGAAUUUCCUUUGCUUCAUUGUUAAUUAUAGUUUCUGUAGGACCAUCAAGACUUUUCAGACGCGAAAAUUGAAGAUUCAUAUUUUUAUAUUAAUUUGUUCAAUGGAAAUAAAUGUUUUCUUUGCUAAAGCAUCUAAUUAUAACAAAAUGGAAUCCAAAAUUGUAAUCAACAAUAUGGCAAAGCAAACAUAAAUCAUAAGUCUUUUAGAUUCAAAAACCAAACUCUCACUUUUAAACAGUUGAUUUACGAGAUCUGAAUUAUUAUAUGAAAAACGAGAUUUUAUUACUUGGAAUUUUCAAUAAAUUAUCCUGUGUCAUCGACAUUUCCGUUUGGAACGUUACAUUAUUGAACAUAACCUCAACUAGAGACCAAUAGCACAUUCCAAGGUCUUACUGAGGCGGUUUGAGUAACGUGGGUCAAUUCAUAACUUUAAGUAUAUGAAACCUGAAUGUACCACGAUAGUCCUGAAGAGAAAAACCAGCCAAGACAGUGGAUUGCGAAGGACUCAACAGUUUUGUUUGUGUUAAAAAAAAUGUCAAAGAAGCUCACGGAAUGUUCAGAUAAGCUUUGGUGAUAAUUUAGUAGCUUUGAAGACGAUUUGCAAGUAGUCUUAGCGAUUUGAAAAUGGAAAAGAUUCAGUAAGAUCGACCACAAAACAGGUGAAAAUGUACACGAACUUGUUCAUUCAAAUAUACGAUUAAAAGAAACCUAAAAAUGAGCUAGCGUCUCUUAUUUUCAUAAUGUCAGUAAAUCUAGUCUAGACAGUGGAUUGCUUGAUAAGUUGGAGGGAGAAAUUGCCGAUAAGCUACUGAAUUUAAUAAAAAAUACUUUUCCAUCAAUAUAACGCAUCUUUUGGUAGAUCACCCACCGUAUUUAGCAGAUCUGGUCCUCUGCGACUUUUUCCCAUUUCUUAAUCUUAAAGUCCCAAUUGAAGAAGUGAAAUUUUCAUCAAACGAGGACAUUAUCGAUUACGUAAACGUCUAUUUUGACUAGAAAGAUGGCAACUAUUACACUGAGUUGCAAGAAAAUCGGCCCUAACACAAAUUCCUAUGUAAAAGGAUCUCCUGAAUACAAAUAUGUCCUCAGUUUUACCACUAUUUUUUACAUAUUUUAACUUGUAGACAAUAAACAUCCGAAAGCAGGUUGAAGGUAAUUCUCGGAUAACUUGGUUAUCGAAACUUGGUACAGUAGUUUGACCAAAUGGUUCAAAGGUACCAGUAAACCAAUGUCAUUUGCUGUGCCCAUAGUUUGGCUUGAACCUCGCAAUCAUCAUUACAACGAGUCUUUACCAAUCACAGUGCCCCACGAACUUAUACUCUAGAAACAGAAAUGGAUUUGAAAGACUUUGAUAUACAACCUGGGGCAUAGAAUGUUAUGUUCACGGAUGAUUAGAAGUAUUCGGUUGAUUCAGUUUCUCGGCAACCUCACCUGCUUACUAAAUCGGAUUUAGAUGAUCUCUUCAGGGAUUUGGAAUUGCAAUAAUAGACAAAUGGAGACGGUUUAUUGAUUCGUCAAAAACAAGCAUAAAAGUUGUCCUGUUGGCAAAUGGGAAUUACUUACCAUCAAUUCCAGUUGCGUACUCUGUUAAUACGAAGAAGACGUACGAAAAUAUCAGCCGAAUCCUUGAUAAAAUUAUUUAUCAUAAUUAUAAAUGGAAACUUUGCGCUGACUUAAAAGUUGUUGCUCUAGUCACGGGUUGGUUCCUUUGAUAAUGGGACAGCUGAGCCCCAGACAAAUAUAGUCAGAAAAAAUGUCACCCGCGAUCCUUUGGUCCUUUUGGCCACUUUCUCACGUCAAACUUGGAUUGAUCCAGCAGUUUGUGAAAGCAAUGGACAAGACAGGUGACACAUUUCAAUUUUUGAAAACUAAAUUUCCUCCUCUUAGCAAAGCUAAAAUCAAGGAGUUUUAAUGGGUCAACUUUUCCAAGAAUCGACGUUGAUCGAAAAGAAAAACAAAACGUGCUUGGUUUGAGUAACCAGGAAACCACAGACUUAAAAGAGGAACUUUUUCAGCCCAACAGUUCAAUAACCAUAAUUGGCUGGAUGAACGAGCAUUAUUGGCGGCGAAAAAUCAAGAUGUCGAAGAUCUCAAUGCGAUCAUUCAAAAUUUUCUUUCGGGACAGUUGGUUUUCUUCAAAUCAGUCGACACCGUUAUGAACCAGGAUGGCGUUGUCAACUAUCCCAUGGAGUUUUUUAAUUCACUGGAAUUGCCUGGAUUACCACCUCACAAUUUGCAGUUCAAAGUAGGAUCAGUCGGCAUCAAACUGCGAUUUUAAACGUUUACAAUUUCUUCCGGUACGCCUGGCCUUUGCGAUGACCAUAAAUAAAUCGCAAGGCCAGUCGUUGAAGUUUGCGCAAUCAACUUGGAGUUUGGAGGCGGAAAAUCGGCGUCUUUGUUUACUUACGCACCACAAAACAAAAAAUAUAGUUCAUCAGAAAGCUUUAAAUUGAUUAACAGACUGUAUCAUAACUGUCAAUAUAAAAUUAAAACCAGUAUUUCAGGAAAACUCUGUCGUGUUGUAAGUGUGUCUAAUUAAUCGAAAAUAAUAAUAAAACUUAAUUCAUACCGAGCAGAUCAUUUUUUAAUUGGUUAUAAUAGAAAAAAGGAUUCUUUUUGUUUAAGUUUAUUUUUUACAAAAGUUCAGAUCUUUUAUUUAUCGAUUGAAGCAGUAAGAAGUCUGCCAGAUCAGCUAGUACAUGCUUAAAUUUAAAAAAUGUGUCACUUCACAUCAGGAUGUAGGAUUUGAAAAUGUCACAACCUGUGACAAGGACGUAGGGAGGGGUUUAAAAGUGUCAAUAUUCGUGUGUCGUAAUUGAUGAAUGACCCUUUAUUUAGACGAGUUAAAAAAUUGACAACAUCGCUGGACUAAAUGUAUAGACGUGAAUGGAAUCUAUGUUGAAAACUACGAAUAAUUAUGGAUAAUUGUGUUUUUUCGUUAUUAGGGAACAUCCAUGAAUUACGUCACACGUUAAGGGGGUCGACGAAGUGUGACAAGGGGAUGGGAGUGGUCCUAAAUUUCAAUAUUGUUAAUUCCUUUAAUUAAUCGUUUUUUGUUUUGUUAACUGUUUGAUUUGAUGUUAAUUUUAUUGAAAAAAUAAUUUAAUUGGAAAUAAAACUAAUUUCGGAACCGCUGUUUUCAUUCAAUAAUUUCUUACUGUAAUUUGCAAAAUAUGUGACGUCACACAAAUGUGACCAGCUAUGACUCACAUAAAUAUGACCAACUGUGACAAGGACGGGGGGUGGGGCAAAAAGUCAUACAAUUCGUGUGACUUUAUUUAUGGAUGAUCCUUUAUGUCGGAAAAUUUUCAGUCAGCCCUCGUAUAUUGUGAUUUUAAUUUUUUUGCUUCUGUUACUACCUACUUUUUUUAAUUUGUAUAUUUAUGUAUGAAAGAGAAUCAUUUUUUUUUUCGUUUGGGAUGCUGAAGCCGGACCUGAAUAUAUGAUAGUUUUUAAUUAAUAAAAUUUUCGUUAUUUUGAAAAUAUAGCUUUCAACGCAGGGCCAAUUUUGCUGAUAGAGGACUCGUAUAUAUGUUGCAAAUAAAAAUUUUUACCAAUAUAUAAUUGAAGAUAGCAGCAUAUCAUGCUGAUUCUAAAAAUUAAUUAUUUUAAUCAACUAUGUUUGUUAAGACGUAUUAAUUGUGAUAAUAACAAAUUUUUUGAGAAAAAAAAUUGAUAACCUUAUUGUAAGUUUGGCAAUAAAUAUUAAUAAAACCACAUUUUUGAAAA